CUGAGAACACACCGGAUUCGUCUUCAGCCAUCGUCGAGUUUGCCGGUCCUUUUCUAUUUCGCCGUUCUCCGGCGAGGUUUUGGAGCAAAGCUUCUACUUUCUUGCUCCCGAAGCCGCAUGAGCUGGAUCGCGAGGCUGGGUGGCUCGAAGCACUUGAUCACCUUCUUUGUGAUUUUUAUUCUCCAAUACUCCCCUCGUUUCCCACCGUCCAUCUCGAGUUCGAGUUGCCGUUGUAACGGAGAUCACCGAUAUGGAGAGCCACAAGGAAGUUUCCCCCAAGAAAGCCUUCUACUACUCUGAUGAUGGGAAAAGGCAUUCUCGUUCUCCUUCUGUCAUUGUCAUUGGAGCUGGCUUUGCUGGCCUUGCAGCAGCUCGUGCACUUCAAAAUGCAUCCAUUCAGGUUAUUUUGUUAGAAUCACGAGAUAGAAUUGGUGGUCGAGUUUGGACUGACUACAGAUUUGGAUUUCCUAUUGACAUGGGAGCUUCCUGGUUGCAUGGUAUCUGCGUAGAAAAUCCCUUGGCACCUUUGAUUGCAAGACUGGGGCUUCCACUAUACCGCACCAGUGAUGAUAACAGUGUAUUGCUCGAUCAUGAUUUUGAAAGCUAUGCACUCUUUGAUACAGAUGGACAUCAAAUCCCUCGGGAUCUUGUUCAAAAGAUCAGUGAGGUGUUUGAGCGUAUACUGAAAGAGACAGAAAAGUUGAGGCAGGAGUAUGAUCAAGACAUGUCUCUGGCCGAAGCAAUAGAAAUUAUUCUGAAGAGAUGUCCAGAUCUGAGACAGGAAGGACUAGCUGGUAAGGUGUUUCAGUGGUUUUUAUGCCGAGUGGAGGGUUGGUUUGCCGCAGAUGCAGAUAACAUCUCUAUGAAAUACUCGAAUGAGGAAGUUUUGCUCCCGGGUGGACAUGGUAUUAUGGUCCGAGGUUACCGCCCUGUUGUUAAUACCAUUGCAAGAGGCCUGGAUAUUCGUCUUAAUCAUCAGGUUACAAAAAUUGUUUGGAGUAACAUGGGAGUGGAAGUCAGUGUUGAAAAUGGCAAAACGUUUGUUGCAGAUGCUGCUGUCAUCACUGUACCCCUAGGGGUUCUGAAAGCUAAUAUCAUAAAGUUUGAACCAAGGCUUCCAGAUUGGAAGGAAGAAGCAAUAAAUAAUCUUGCUGUUGGAGUUGAGAACAAGAUUGUGCUGCUCUUUGACACAGUUUUCUGGCCGAAUGUAGAGUUCCUUGGUGUGGUGUCAUCCACUUCUUACAGUUGCAGUUAUUUCCUUAAUCUUCACAAGGCAACAGGCCAUAAAGUUCUUGUUUACAUGCCUUCUGGUCGACUUGCCCUUGAUAUCGAAAAGUUGUCGGAUGAAGCUGCUGCUAAUUUUGCCUUUGGGCAACUGAAACAGAUCCUCCCAGAUGCAUCUAAGCCGAUUCAACAUUUGGUCUCUCGUUGGGCAUCAGAUGUGAACUCUCUUGGGUCCUACAGUUAUGAUGCAGUUGGAAAGCCCCAUGAGCUGUAUGAGAGACUACGGAAUCCUGUCGACAACCUCUUCUUCGCCGGAGAAGCCACAAGCUUUAAAUAUACUGGAAGUGUCCAUGGUGCCUUCUCCACUGGACAGUUGGCUGCAGAGGAAUGCCGAAUGCAUGUUCUUGAAAAUUAUGGAGGCUUGGAUACAUUCUACCCAAACAUGGGAGAAGAGAUGGCAUCGGCCUCCAUUCCCUUGCUCAUCUCUCGCAUGUGAUUCCUCCUCCAGUUCACACUUCCUCCUGCAUUUCAUUGGCCGCUCGAAAAAAUGGCUGGCAACUCAUUUUUUUCAUGUGUUUCGAGCAUUUGAAGUGGAUGAUGUGAACUGAGUUAUAUAUGAAAUAAUGUGGAUUUUCCCCCUAUGAAGUGAACUGUUUUAAUUUCAAAGCAACACUGGCAAUGUCGAUAAUGUAUUGUCCACAAAUGAAUCAGUUAUAUUAGCUUC